CUCCGCCCACCACAGCUGAGCUUUCAAAGCGAGACACCGGAGAGCCGGGAUUGUUGUGCUCGUUCUCCCGCGCUUCUCCAGCCACACGUUACUGGUGCGCUCUCCGGAGAGCCGGCGCUGCUAGCCAGCGGAGAACCCUACAAUGACUGAACAUUACAAGAACAUAGAAGAUGAAACUUUUCCAAGCUAUUUAGCGGAUUCAAUUAACAGCAACCUCAGUGAAGCUCUUGAGAACUGCACGCUCUCUUCAACUUUGGGAUUACCUGUCGCUGCAUCUACUGUUGCCAAAGUGCGCCCUGCUUCCGACCGCUCUUUGGAUGUUCAAGCUUCUUAUUUAGAGAAUGAAAAAUUGCUGCUGCCAACAAGUGGUGCUUCUAGCAUAAGUCACUCCGGAGGAGAAGCAAAAGAGAAAUUUGUCCUUAGCUUUAAGGAUGAUUUAGGAGACUUGAAUGCGUUUAUUGAGGCCAGCAAUAUUAAAACUCAGAAAGCUGAACUGACAGAUCAUAAAUUUCAAGAAGAUCCACUUUACAGUCAAAGAAAUGAUUUUUUACGUGAUCUGCUUUCACAAAACAAAAAAGAUACGGUUUUCACUGGAUCAAGUUUAUUUAAAGGUACAGAGAGAGAAAAGCAAAGAUUACCAGAUGUGGAGUUAAGUUCAUCUGCAGCAAGUUUCUUAGAAGAUGAAAAAUUAGUAUCUAUUGCAAGCUUGGAUGGCAGCUCAUCAGAUGAGCUGGAUGAUGAAGAAUUUUUUGAUGAUGAACAGUUAGAGGCCUACUUUAAAAGGCUCAUGCCACCAGGAAUGCAACGUGGCGCUAUUGAGGGGCAAGAAAUUCAAGAUACAAAGAGAUCUUCCUACAUGGCAAGAAACAGCCUUCCGAGUAUUAAAAUUAAUCCAAAACCUGAACGUAGCAAACGCUUUGAAAGCUAUGAAGAAGACUUCCAGAUGCCUAACGUGCGCCUGGCUGCUACAGGCAUGGAGUCAACUCCAGCUUCUGAUGAUGACAAUGAUGUGGAACAUGAGCUAGAAAGAGCUGCACAACAGCACCUACAAAGAGAGCAUUUCAUGGGAAACACAAAUGCACCAUUGGCUGAUGAACAACAUAGGCCAAGUUUUCGUCCAGGCUUAGAAGGUGGCAGCUCAGAGGAGGAAUCUUCAAAUGAAAUGCAAAGUGUCUCUAAUGGCAUGUCUGCUUGCAGACAGUCUGCAGAAGGCUAUGGUGUUUGUUCGCCUGGAGCGUUUCCUCUCGGUGCUGAAACUGGAGAUGGAAGCGGUAAAACGGUCGAUGGGCCAAAUACUUCUCAGACUUCAGAAUUGGUGCUAUGUGACUUGUGGAAAAAGAACAUGGCUACCAGGAAUAUAGCUGGGGAGGAAGAUGCAAAGCAGGCAUCUGGUGACAGGAUCGGCCCAGUUGGAAAUGGUGGAACCUCAAAGGAGGCCAAUGGAUUAGAAAAGAGUCAACAACAUUUUGAUUGGGAUAAGCAAAGCUCAUGGAAUCCAAAUUCAUCACUGGCAAGUACAACACAAAAACUGGACUCCCACUAUUUCAAAGAUGGUAGAGCUUCAAAUGGGAACUUUGGCUUGGAGACCUCUACCGAUCUCUCUCAGAUGUUUUCACACACGACCCAUACAUCUGGGUUUGUGGACGCCGCUAGCUUAGACACAGCUGGCAAAGGAAAUGUUAAUCGAUUAGCGGAUACAUAUUUAUCACCUACUUGUUCUAACCAGACGGGGUAUGAUAUCUGGCAGUCAGGUGAAAUGCAGACAUCGCAGUGGAGCUUUCAGCAGAGUAAUGAUAAAGGUUUUCAGUCACAAAGUGUUGUUUAUCAAAAUGAAGACGGCAAGUGGGUUACUGAUCUUGCUUACUAUAAGCCGUUUGAAAAAAAGAGCUUAUCUGGAUCAGCAAGUGACUUUAAAGAUGAAAAUUUUAUUGUUGGAGGUGAUGCUCUAGCCAUGCUUGAUGAAGACCAGGAAGAAUUUGAGAAAGAGAAUAAAUUUAUUCAGGAAGAGAAAAUGGAUUUAGAGAAUGACUCUGUUAACUUGGGUGACACAUCAUGGAAGCUCCCGGUCAAUGGUCAUGUUUUACUGAAAGCAUCUCAGACUUCAGAUUUAUCCCAGGAAGAGGCAAGCUACUUGCGGCUCUCCUUAGGAGAGUUCUUUGGUCAACGAUCAGAGGCAAUGGGAUGUCUUGGUGGAGGAACAGAUAUAAAACGGCCGUCUUUUGGUUAUUAUAUAAUUUCACCAGAAAAGCAAGAACCUAUAGUGCUAUUGAGGAAUUCAAUAAUUUCUGAAGAUUCAGACGAUACCUUAAAGCUUUGUGAUAACACCUUAACUCCAGAAGACCUUGGAUGUUUAGCAGAUGAUCAGAAACUAUCAUCAACCACAUUUGAUGUAAGAAUGCCAGAAAGUAAACCGGAUUUAGAUGCACUUGGUAAAGAAGAAUACAAGGGGAAUGCAGAGCGGCAGCUAUUUGGCAAAGGAUAUGGUUCAUUUAAACCUGACCAAACCACUGAAACCACCCUGCUUAGUAUGAGCACAAUUGCAUCGGCACUAGCAAAUGCAUCUUGCAGUGCUGACCCUUCUGAGUUUGCAGCCAUGAUCAUGGCGUUGUCAAAUAAAAAUAAAGAAAAAAUGUUGCACGAGUCUGUAGGACAUCAUCAAUCGAAACAGUUGUUGAAUUUGUCUGGGCAAAAUGCCGGAAAUUUUGAUAUGGAAAGAUACCUUAAAGCUACAAUUCAAAAUGACCAAGAAAAUGAUUUGGAAAGCUUUGUGCAGUCUGUAAAGGAUUUUACCUGGAACAUGUCUUUAGGCUAUAAACAGCCUUUACAAGAUUCGGCUGCGGAAUUGGCCAAUAUCACAGACGUUCAAAAGCAGGACUUAAGAAAGCCAGAGCUUGACGUUCAAGUUGGUUGUGAUGCUCUGCAGUCCGCUAACAGCGCCUCUUCCUGCAAUCUCAGUACUCAGAACAGCCGCUCCUCAGAAAUACCUGAAAUAAAACGUAGCGCUUCCAGGAACUCUGUCCCUAACCCAAACCAAGAACAUGAGAUGGAAAAUAAGAGAUCUUCAGCUAUUGCCCCACUAAACCGGAGUCCUUCAGAAGAUGAGGCAAAGAGAGGCAAAAACAGCCACAAAGAGAGUAACUCUUUAAAAUCAUGUAUUUUAAGUAAUCCAAAGAAAACUGGUUCUCCUUUAUCAAAUGAUCCAAAUUCUGCACCAUGUUCAAAGGAGACCUAUAAUGUACGUAAUGAUCAUUCUCAGAAACAUGUUAGUUUCCAGCCGCCUUCAAGUGGGAUGCAUCCGAAAAUGUCAGACUACGAUGUGCAUACAGUAGAAGAGGAGCAGUACAGUUUUAGACCAUCUACUUCCCCUUUGAUUCAUUCAUCCCCGAGCCAGGAUUCCAUAAAGCUUUCUGAGAAGGGAUCUAUAAAUUCUCCUCAAGAAUUGGCAUCGGCUCAGAGGCACUCAGAUGCUGGCUUGUCCCCUGAAUCAUCAUGUCUCAGUGCCAGCCUGAGCAGACUGACAUAUGUCUCAGCCAUAGAGAAUACUACCAUUCAAAGUCCUCUUGACCAGAAGAGCAACAACACCAUCGAGCUAAGCACCACUAUAGUGAGAGCCAGUCCUACACCUUCAGAAAUGCAGAUGAUACAAAGCAACGCUUUGCCCUUGCAGGAAAACAAAUGUCCAAAAUACACCGAAACGCCUAAAGUGAGCAGGAGUCCAACUGGAUUUCGCACUCUUUCCGCUUAUAACGGUGGAUCAAAAUCGGAAGCAGAUGGAAAGAGAACCGAACCUGGAUACCCAGCUAUAAAUUAUAACGUUAAAGCACUGGGUUCUGAUUUGAAGUGCUUUGAAACCCAGUCAGAUGGGGCUUCUGAAUGGCAGCGGUAUGCUUCAAAGCAGACGCAAGGACUUUCUUCUGGAAACAUGUUGCAGUCUGCUUUGCUGGAAAAGUACAACUCAUUACAGAAUAUUCCUGGCAGUCAUCAGUGCGUUUGUGCUCAAGGCUUUAAACCAGUUUUGCCACCCAGUGACUUGCAGAAAUUGCCAUCUUCUGAUCCAAGACUACUUAAUGCACCUUCUCUUUCCACCACUCCACAGCAAUAUCUAUCAGGUGUCCCAUCGAUGCCUUACUUUACAUUUGGAAGCCAUGCAGGGUAUCAUGGGUGUGCUCUUCAUGACCCAUUGACUGCAAAUGUCACUUCAGGUAUUCUUUCUACACUUCCGAUGGGCAACCAUGCUUCAGGAAGUCAAAGCAGUAGCCAUCACAUCCAUUUGGUGGACUCCCAGGCUGGCCCUGCUGGGUUCUCCCAGUGGGCCACUCGAACGUCAUCUGGUUUUGGACAAGUCCUAGUGCCCGAAGAGGUGACCUUCCCUAACAUGUGUUGCGUUGGCAUCGCAUCGCAAGCAUCAUUGAACAUUUUCAAUUCUAAUGAAAGAUGGAUGCAAGUGAAUAUUGGUAUAAUCAGUAUUGCUGUGAAUGGAGAAAAAAUUGAUGUUGGAGCCAAUCACUGCUUAAUUUUUAAAAACAAAACCAUAAUUGGUCCCCGGGCUUCUGAAGAUGUGAAAGUUCUUAUUUUACCUCAAAGGGCAGGGCUUUUCCAGUGUGUGCUAAGCGUAUCAUCUUGGCCUGUAUCUGCUGAUGCAGAAACCAUCGGUCGAGCUGAAACCAUGUCCUCCAAAGUUCUCCUUACUGCUGUGUCAGAAUAUCCAUUAAUCGAGGUGGACACCGGAAAGACUGACUGUUUGGAUUUUGGAGAUCUGACUUCCGGCAGUUGGAAUAAUCUUCCAUUAAGAUUAAUAAAUAAGACACGAGCUACUGUGCCCAUCAGACUUAUCAUUAGCGCUAAUGCCACUGCAUGGCGUUGCUUUACUUUUUCCAAAAAUCCUGCCGUGAAAGAAUUUGGUGUACAUACGGAUUCUGUCUCAAAGAUGUCUUCCCCUUCUGUCAUAAGCCACGUUAUGUAUGCAUCCUAUGAGAACCAGGAACCAGAGGCACUUGAGAUAUGGGUUGUGUUCCACGCACCACAAACAUAUAACUCAGCAGCAUGCUCCCUUGGACCACCUGAAGAGUUUAUAGCAAGGGUUGAUAUUGAAGUUGACAGCCCGGGUCCUGCUUGUCUGUUAAAAAGUAUCCCCUUACAUGCAAGAGUUGGCUGUGCAAAGAUACACGCUCCUAAAGACUUGCAGACCAUUCACUUAAGAUGUGAUGUGGGUUCAUCAACUCAGCAACAGCUUCCUCUUAAAAAUGCAGGGAAUAUUGCCGCACACUUGAGAGUGAAGUGUACAACUGCAGAUAACAUUUUUACUGUGGACCCAGAAGAAUUGUUUAUUGGCCCUGAAGAAGAGCAAGUAGUGGUUGUGAAGUUCACCCCUCGGUGUACUAAAGCAAAGCAGAGUUCUUUGAAAAUAAUUGUGCAGCCUUCAGGUCCCCAGUAUGAAGUCCCACUGAUCGGAGAGAGUGCACUAUCAGUAACCAGGAAUUCGGCAAAUCUACCACUACAGAAGAAUUCUGAUGACCCUCCUAUUCUUUCCAAUAAGCAGUUCAUUUCUUGGGGAGGAGUUGCUGUUGGAAGGGCAGUACAGCAGAAGUUAACGCUAAGGAACCCGUCAACAAUUUCAAGUCAGCAUCUGCGCCUCUUAAUAAGAGGUCAAGAUCAAGAUUGCUUUCAGUUGCAAAGUUCGUUUGGUCCGGAGGAACGUUUGACUAACAAUCGUGAACUCACAAUUCGCCCCAAAGAAGACUCUUCUGUGCUGCUGAUGUUUUCCCCUACACAUGUAGGUUGUAUGUUGGCUAAGCUGGAGAUCAAGCAAUCUGGCAUCAAAUCUUCACAGCCAGGAAUUAAGUUUACAAUCCCCCUGUCUGGUUAUGGUGGGACAAGUAAUGUCAUACUUGAAGGAGUUAAAAAGCUUUCAGACAGCUACAUGAUAACUCUAAGUGGAGUGAUGCCAGAUCGUGUGAGCAGGGGCAAUAUUUCAAUUCGGAACACUGGUUCCAGAGCAGCGUAUGUUAAAGCAGUAUGUUUUGCAAAUGCACAGAAAGGUCUCCUAAUGGAUUGCAGCUCCUGUUCAGUCACACCGGAAAAGUUUGUAUUGAAAGAAGGCACCCAGGAGAUGGUUACCAUAACUUACAAUGGUGCAGAUCUAGAGGAGUGUCUCCAAUCUAGCACGCCGCUUUUAUGCAACGUAUGUUUUUUCUGUGGUGAUGAAGUCUCCAGGCAGCAGUUUCGCAGAGCGCUGCAGUACAAGCCUGAGUCUGCCCAAAAAUACAUGGCAGAGAAUGCAAAGUUAAAAAAUUUAAGAUUUGAUGAGGAGUUUCGUGGUGAGCAGCUUGUGUCUGAAGUGUAUGAUCUGCCUCAGAGACCAAAUGAUGUUCAGCAUUUCUAUGGGGCGAUGCACAAGGUUACACUUUCUGUUUUUGGAAGUGCUUCAGAAGAGAAUAAUGGGGCAUCUUUACACCCAUGUUUAAAUAUUAAUUUGGCCAGCCCUAGCAAUACAUCACUAGAUGUAUUACCUGUCAAAGGCCCACAAGGACCGCUGUUACCAAACUCUGUCUCCUCUCAAAAUACCAUUCCUGAGCAACGUUCAUGGACUGUCCAGCCAGAGGUCCUUGUGCUGAGAGCCCCUACUGUUGGUGGUUUGGCAGCAACAGGCCAUAUAAAAAUUGAGAAUAAUGCACCAAAAUCAUUACAGUUUGAUGUGUCUUGGCCUGCUCAUUGUCUCACUAUCUCGCCACAACAAGGAAAUGUUGAGCCUCGGGGCCAUACAGUUAUUGUAGUGAGUCCAAAUCCCUUGCUGUCCACAAAACAAAUCAUGCUUCCAUGGAAUGGCCAGAUCUAUGUUCAGUCUGACAUUGGCCAAAAGAUUGUGAAAGUUCAGAUAACUAGCGAGGGCUUCUCAGUUAUGUCUCCAAAUGGAGUACCAAAGUCAUCGUAUCUGUUACCGUCCAGUCUGGAGACACCAGUUCAUGCAGCGAAACCGCUCUCUAAAUCUCCCUCAUCCAAAAUUGAACUUAAGAAUCGUACUGUAGUGUUUCCUAGAACUGUUGCAGGUGGAAGCUCAGAGACACUUUUGGACAUUGAAAACCCAAGUGAUGAAGAUAUUAAAUGGCUUCUUUCAUCUUUUGCACCGCCAUAUGUUAAAGCUCUUGACGAGAGUGGAGACGUAUAUCGUGCAACUUAUACAGCUUUUAGAUGCGCUCGUGUUUCUGGAGUUCUUGCUGCUGAUGAGAAACUAAAAGUGCCAGUUACCUUUUUCCCUAGAGACAAAGGUGAUUAUACUCAGUGUUGGGACCUUGAAUGUCAUCCAGUUUCCAGGCCACAUUUAAAGCAUAAAGUGAGGUUCCAGCUCUGUGGAGAAGGUUUCAAAGAUGAAAGAGAAUUUGCAAAAAGUUCAUCAGAAGCUUUAGAAGUUCAAGUGAACCCAAGGAAAAGAUCUGGCUCGGAGGCAUCUGCUCUAAAACCAGUGCAAGAGGAAGCAGUUCGGGGAGUUUUUGCCUCAGAAGACUUCUAUACUUUUCCUUCUACACUUGUUGGUGAAUCCAGCACAUUGAAAGUGAACUUAAGAAACAACUCUUUCACAACGUAUUUGCUGAGAUUUGUAAGUCCAAAAGAACCAUUUCACAUGAAGCAUUCAAAGUAUUCCCUUAGAGCCCACCAUUAUAUCAACCUGCCAGUGAAAUUCAAACCCACGUCUGCAGGCAGAUUCGAAGGCCACCUUGUUGUCCAGUCGGACGCCGGCGAUAUCUCUAUUCCACUUGUUGGUGAAGCACUGAUGAAGUGAAAUGUGGAAAUGGCGUGUAACGCGAAUAUGCUGCUAUGUAACGUUCAUAAUGUCCAAGUGCUGCACACUAACUGUACAUGUUCAGUAUUGAUGCGCGUGCUUUUUACUAAAGCUGUUUGGUGAAUGGCUACUCCCAACCCCUCUAUGAUUAGGAUACAGGAUUUUUAGGAGACACUGGGGAGUCGUGAAUAACAUUGAGAGUAAAUUUGCAUCCCUUUUAUGAUACCGUUCAACAUCAGAAAUAUUCUAGCAUUGCUAUUUGCAAAUCGCCAAUACGAUGCAUAAACAGCGUUGUUGCCGAUGCGUCCCUGGAUGUCGCACUAAAUCAUCUUUACCUGCUGUAAUGUGCAGUUAUCUCUUUGCUUAGAGUUCUCUAAACCCAGGCUGAAUUUGCACCUUGAAUUGUAUGAAUCUCCUAUUGAAGGAGAAAAAUCUUUCUUGAACUGGUGUUAAUAACUCCAACGUGUGAGUACUUUAAUAUCUAUGUGAAAGAUUUUAGUCCAAAGAUCUAUUUCAUUGUGCCUUUUGCUUUACUCUUUUUCAAAGGGGUGUGGGAAUAGCAAUUUUUAAGAACUGUAAAUCCGUCUGUAUUUUUAUAUUGCUUGUAAAACAGAAAAGUGUGAAUUUUUUUUUCGUUUUGAAGUAGGUGUAUUUCUGUGUCUAUUUAUUUUCAUGAAAUAAACUGAUU